AUGGCCGAUACGAAGGCCGCGACCGACUACGAAGUCGUGACCACGCCCAAGGACAUUUAUGACGUCGAAAAGCAAGCCGGCGAAGAGACCGCGGCCGCGCCCGUCGAAGGCUGCUCGAUCCUCUUCAUGGUGCUUCUCUGCGCGCCCAAGAUGGCCAUGAACAUGGCGUGGGCGGCGCAGUGGGCCGCGCUCGGCCCGCUCCUUGAAAUUCUUCUCGACUCGUCGUGGGUCCAAGUCGUCCAGCUGGUGGGACCGACCACUGGUCUCCUCGUCGCCCCCACUGUCGGUGUCCUCAGCGACAACUGCACGUCCAAGUACGGCCGUCGUCGCCCGUACCUCUUUUGGGGUGCGGUCACGAGCGCCCUCUGCUGGCUCAUCAUGAUGCACACGGUCGACAUUGGCGAGGCGCUCGGCGACACCAAGUCGUCGCAGCUCACCGAGCACUACGCCAAGAACCUCCCCGUCUCGCGCAAGUGGACGACGUUCUUCACGGUGAUUUGCUACAUUUGGAUGGACAUUACGUGCAACGUCACGCAAGUCCCCGCGGGUCUCAUCAUCGCCGACUUUGCCGGCGAUCGCCAAGUCACCGCCGCCUCGAUCGGUGGCGCCUACUCGAUCGCGGGCUCGUUUGCGGUCUCGGGCUACAUUCUCUUUUUCGGCGCUGCCCACGAGUCGAUCAAGCCCUUCAUGGCGAUGCUCAUCGUGAUCAUGCUCGUGACGACCAUGUCGGUCUGCUUCUUCGUCAAGGAGACGCCGUACGUCCCCGCAGUCGCCGUCAACAAGAAGGACGAGAUCCGCGCGGCGUUCUCGGCCGUCUGGACCGGCAUCAAGCUCCUCCCGAGCCUCCUCAAGGUCUACGCCGUCAUGUUUGUGCUCAUUCAGUACGGCUGGACCGCGUACACGGGCGCGAAGGGCCAGUUCUUUGGCAUCGUCGUCAAGGGCGGGUCGUCCGAGGGCGCGGACAAGUGCGGCCACGACGACCUCCCGCCGUGCACGGAAGCGCAGCAAAACUUCAACGACGGCGUCCGCCUCGCGAGUGGCACGACCGAUACGAUUCUCAACUGCGUCUCGCUGCUCUUCCUCGCGAUCCUGCCGCUCCUCGUGCGCAAGUUUGGCGCCAAGCGCGUGCUCACGUACGCGAUCAUCCCGCAGACGCUGCUGAUUGCGAUGGCGUUCUCCAAGAUCGUGUGGCUCGACAUGCUCAUCAUCGUCAUGUGCUGCGCGACGCAGAGCGCGCUCUCGUCGCUGGUGAUGCCGACGAUCAUCCACGUCAUUGGCCUCGGCGCCAACAACAACCUCGGGUUGUUUGCCGGCGCCUUCAACUCGGCCAACUGCCUCGGCCAGUUCCUCAACUUUAUCUUCUCGUCGAUCCUCGUCAAGUCGCCGAUGGGCUACGCGCUCCCGGUGCUCGUCGGCGGUAUCUUGAGUGCGCUCGCGUUCUUGUCGCCUUCUUCAAGCUCGAGCUCAAGAUGCACUCGAUGUAA